AGGAAGCCGUCACACUUUCCUUUCCACUGUGGUUUGGGAGCAUGAAGGCGUUGCUUACCCCCUUUGUCUGGUUCACUGUAUGUAGGCUGGGAGUGUCUGCUGAUCACUCGGAGUGCUGUCCCCUAGAACAGGAGGAAUAAGAUUGAGGACCCCUGCAGUGGAACAUGAGUCGGUAAUGCCCACUGAGGACCUCUGGGAGCCAUGUCAGACGAAUCCGCCUCAGGGAGCGAUCCAGACCUGGACCCGGACGUGGAGCUGGAGGAUGCGGAAGAGGAGGAGGAGGAGGAGGAAGUGGCAGUGGAGGAGCACGGCAGGGAUGACACGGAAGACCUACUGGAUGACCCAUCCCUGGAAGACAUGUGUGGCACUGAGUGUGCCCAGCUGGAGGAAGAUGGGCAGCGGCCACCGCGGUGCACUUCAACUACCUCAUCUCAGUCUGAGCCUUCAGAGCAGCUUAGGCGCCACCAAGGCAAGAGCCUAGCCUCCGAGGACCCCAAAAAGAAGAGAGCUCAGAAGCCCUCCCACAUGAGGAGAAACAUACGAAAACUGCUCCGGGAGGAUCAGUUGGAGCCGGUUACCAAAGCAGCACAACAGGAAGAGUUGGAAAGAAGGAAACGCCUGGAGCAACAGAGGAAGGAUUACGCCGCCCCCAUUCCUACAGUUCCCCUGGAGUUCCUUCCCGAGGAAAUUGUCUUAAGAGCAAGUGAUGGUCCGCAACUGCCUCCUCGGGUCCUGGCCCAGGAAGUCAUUUGUUUGGACAGCAGCAGUGGCAGUGAGGAUGAGAAAAGCAGUCGAGAUGAGGUGAUUGAACUGAGCUCUGGAGAGGAGGACACUCUGCACAUUGUGGACAGCAGUGAGUCUGUCAGUGAGGAGGAUGAAGAAGAGGAGAAGGGUGGCACCCAUGUGAACGAUAUCUUAAACCAGCGCGAUGCUCUGGGGCGGGUCCUCGUCAACCUGAACCACCCUCCAGAGGAGGAGAAUGUCUUCCUGGCCCCGCAGUUGGCACGGGCAGUGAAGCCGCAUCAGAUUGGUGGGAUCCGGUUCCUGUAUGAUAACCUGGUUGAAUCCCUGGAGAGGUUUAAGACCAGUAGUGGCUUUGGCUGUAUCCUGGCCCACAGCAUGGGUCUGGGGAAAACUUUGCAAGUGAUAUCCUUCAUCGAUGUCCUCUUCCGCCACACGCCAGCCAAAACCGUCCUUGCCAUUGUGCCGGUUAAUACUCUUCAGAAUUGGCUGGCAGAGUUCAACAUGUGGCUUCCAGCUCCUGAAGCCCUUCCAGCUGACAACAAGCCUGAAGAAGUCCAGCCUCGCUUCUUUAAAGUUCACAUCUUGAAUGAUGAGCACAAGACAAUGGCAGCUCGUGCUAAAGUGAUGGCUGAUUGGGUGUCAGAGGGUGGGGUACUGCUGAUGGGGUACGAAAUGUACAGACUCCUCACCCUGAAGAAAUCCUUUGCCACAGGUAGAUCGAAGAAAACCAAGAAACGUUCUCACCCGGUCAUCAUUGAUCUGGAUGAGGAAGAUCGACAGCAGGAGUUUCGGAGAGAGUUUGAGAAGGCCUUAUGCCGCCCUGGCCCUGAUGUGGUGAUUUGUGACGAGGGACACCGCAUCAAAAACUGCCAGGCCAGCACCUCACAGGCCCUGAAGAACAUUCGCUCUCGCCGUCGGGUGGUGCUGACCGGGUACCCCCUGCAGAACAACCUCAUUGAGUACUGGUGCAUGGUGGACUUUGUUCGCCCAGACUUCCUCGGCACCCGGCAGGAGUUCAGCAACAUGUUUGAGCGCCCUAUCCUGAACGGACAGUGUAUUGACAGCACGCCUCAGGAUGUCCGCCUAAUGCGGUACCGGAGCCAUGUCUUGCACAGCCUCCUGGAGGGCUUUGUGCAGAGGAGAGGCCACACUGUGCUGAAGAUUCAUCUCCCUGCCAAGGAAGAAAAUGUAAUCCUGGUGCGGCUCUCGAAGAUCCAGCGAGAUUUGUACACACAGUUCAUGGACCGCUUCCGAGACUGUGGUAGCAGUGGCUGGCUGGGGCUGAACCCCCUUAAGGCUUUCUGCGUGUGCUGCAAGAUCUGGAAUCACCCGGAUGUGCUAUAUGAAGCCCUUCAGAAGGAGAGUCUGGCCAAUGAGCAAGACCUAGAUGUGGAAGAGCUUGGCUCAGCGGGGACUAGUGCCCGCUGCCCGUCACAGGGAACAAAAGGCAAGGGGGAGGACAGCACCUUGGCCUCCUCAAUGGGAGAGGCAACCAACAGCAAAUACCUACAGGGGGUUGGCUUCAACCCUUUCCAGGAGCGCGGCAACAACAUUGUCACAUAUGAAUGGGCCAAGGACCUUUUGACUAAUUACCAGACUGGGGUCUUAGAGAACUCUCCCAAGAUGGUACUGCUUUUCCACCUGAUUGAGGAAAGUGUGAAGCUUGGGGACAAGAUUCUCGUGUUCAGCCAGAGCCUUUCCACCUUGGCUCUCAUCGAGGAGUUCCUAGGGAAACGAGAAGUGCCCUGUCUACCUGGUGCUGAUGGGCAAGGAGUACAGAAGUGGGUUCGAAACGUCAGCUACUUCCGGCUAGAUGGUAGCACCCCUGCCUUUGAGAGGGAGCGGCUCAUUAAUCAGUUCAAUGAUCCCAGCAACCUCACCACCUGGCUGUUCCUUCUGUCCACAAGGGCCGGGUGCUUGGGUGUGAAUCUGAUCGGUGCCAACCGAGUGGUGGUGUUUGAUGCUUCCUGGAACCCUUGCCAUGAUGCCCAGGCAGUAUGUCGGGUAUACCGUUAUGGCCAGAAAAAGCCCUGCCACAUUUAUCGCCUUGUGGCUGAUUUCACCCUUGAAAAGAAGAUCUAUGACCGUCAGAUUUCCAAGCAGGGCAUGUCAGAUCGAGUGGUAGAUGAUCUUAAUCCAAUGCUGAACUUUACCCGGAAAGAGGUGGAGAACCUACUGCACUUUGUUGAGAAGGAGCCAGCUCCCCAAGCAUCCUUGAACAUAAAGGGGAUCAAGGAGCCAGUCCUGCAACUUGCCUGUCUGAAGUACCCUCACCUCAUCACCAAGGAGCCUUUUGAGCAUGAGUCAUUGCUCCUUAACCGAAAGGAUCACAAGCUGACCAAGGCUGAGAAAAAAGCAGCAAAGAAAAGCUAUGAGGAAGACAAGCGCACAUCCGUCCCCUACACCCGCCCAUCAUAUGCGCAGUAUUACCCUGCCAGUGACCAGAGCCUGACCAGCAUCCCUGCUUUCAGUCAGAGAAACUGGCAGCCAACACUGAAGAGUGAUGAGAAGCCUGUGGCCAGUGUUCGUCCUGUGCAGUCCACUCCCAUCCCCAUGAUGCCCCGGCAUGUCCCACUGGGAGGCAGUAUAUUGUUAUUCCUGGACUCAACAGCUCCACAGAUGUACAGGCAAGAAUUAAUGCUGGUGAGAGCAUCCACAUCAUCCGUGGGACAAAAGGGACGUACAUCCGCACCAGUGACGGGCGGAUCUUUGCUGUCCGGGCAACUGGCAAACCGAAGGUCCCGGAAGAUGGUCGGAUGGCUGCUUCAGGUUCCCAGGGGCCUUCUCUCGAGUCCACAAGCAACGGCAGACACAGUGCCUCAUCACCCAAAGCUCCUGACCCUGAGGGGCUGGCCAGGCCCGUCUCUCCAGACAGCCCGGAGAUCAUCAGUGAGCUCCAGCAGUAUGCAGAUGUGGCUGCCGCCAGGGAAUCCCAACAGAGCUCCCCAAGCUCCAAUGCCGCCCUGCCUGGCCCCCCAGGCCAACUUGUGGACAGCAGUGCUGUUGUUCCUGGGACAGCUCUCGGGACUGAACCUCGACAUGGGGGUCAUUGCCUCAAUAGUUCCCUCUUGGUGACCGGCCAGCCCUGUGGUGACAGGAACCCAGUGUUGGACUUACGGGGCCAUAAGCGAAAGUUGGCCACACCACCUGCUGCCCAGGAGUCAGCCCGCCGGCGGUCCAGGAAGGGCCACCUGCCAGCCCCCGUGCAGCCGUAUGAACACGGGUAUCCAGUUUCUGGCGGGUUUGCCAUGCCACCCGUCUCCUUAAAUCAUAACCUCACCGCUCCCUUCACCUCCCAGGCUGGGGAGAACUCCUUGUUUAUGGGCAGUACUCCCUCCUACUACCAGCUGUCCAAUUUGCUGGCAGAUGCCCGCCUGGUGUUUCCAGUGACUACUGACCCUCUGGUGCCAGCAGGCCCCGUCAGUUCCUCUUCCACGGCUACCUCAGUCACUGCCAGCAACCCCACCUUCAUGCUCAACCCCUCUGUUCCAGGGAUACUACCCAACUACUCACUCCCAUUCUCACAGCCACUCCUGUCUGAGCCGAGGAUGUUCGCGCCUUUUCCUUCCCCUGUCUUACCCAGCAACCUUUCACGGGGCAUGUCUGUCUACCCAGGCUACAUGUCCCCACAUGCAGGCUACCCAGCUGGCGGCCUCCUCCGGUCCCAGGUGCCUCCAUUUGACUCUCAUGAGGUUGCUGAGGUGGGGUUCAGCUCCAAUGAUGAUGAGGAUAAGGAUGAUGAUGUGAUAGAGGUCACUGGGAAAUAGCUGGGGAGCCCCUCUCCACCUCACUUGGGGCCCCUGGCAGGUUGCCCACCAAGCUGAAAGGCAGCAAUCUGGGCUUUCUGAGAAUAGGGCACUUGGCAGGAGGGAAAAGGAAGAGGACAAAGAAAGGUGGUUGACCACAAUGGUAGGGCUCUGUUGCUGUUUAACAAAAGAGGCAAAAAAAAAAAAAGCCAACAGAGCAGCAAUAGCGGGAAAUCAGGGACCCAAAACAGGAAUGGAGGGGCAGGGCAGCUUGCCUCUCUUCCUGCCUGCCUUGCUUAUGCUGUGUGCUUGCUUGCUUGCCAUCUGGGUGUAGAAGCUCACAUCCCAUUUCUGUCUUUGGGAACAUUCUCUCCCAAGAGAGCUGCCUUACUGGGUGACUUAGCUUGGCCUAGAGAGGGGAGGGGCGGGAAGAAGGGUAAGUGAAGGGUGGGCGGGGAGAACAGAUUGAGAUUUCAUGUGAAGUGGAGUCCUUUUAGGGGCAGGAAAGAAACAGACCAGGUGUGUGUGUGUGUGUGUGUGUGUGUGUGUGUGUGUGUGUGUGUUUAUGUUUAUGUCUGUAUGUGUAUG